GAUAAAUCCCAGGAAUGGUAGUCGAUCGCAGAUAAGCACAGCGGUUAGAUGGAACAUGGCUCUCUCCAGAGGUUUGAGAUGCUGUCAAAGGGUUUUUUCUUGGAUACCUGUGCUUAUCAUAACCUCUGUGGUGUUAUGGUCGUACUAUGCCUACGUCUUCGAGCUAUGUCUUUUUACACUCACUAACACGUUGGAAAAAGUGGUCUAUCUACUAGUAUUCCAUGUUUGCUUUGUGAUGUUUUCCUGGACCUACUGGAAGUCCAUCUUUACCCCUCCUGCCACACCAUGCAAAAAGUUCCAGCUGUCGUACUCUGACAAGCAAAGAUACGAGAUGGAGGAGAGGCCAGACGCCCAGAAACAAAUUCUGGUUGAGAUCGCAAAGAAACUGCCCAUCUUCACUCGAGCUCAAUCUGGAGCUAUCAGGUUCUGCGACCGCUGCCAGGUACUGAAGCCUGACCGCUGUCACCACUGCUCGGUUUGUGAAACAUGUGUCUUAAAGAUGGAUCAUCACUGUCCCUGGGUGAACAACUGUGUAGGCUUUUCCAACUACAAGUUCUUCCUGCUUUUCCUCUCCUACUCCAUGCUGUACUGUGUGUUCAUUGCAGCAACAGUCUUUCAGUAUUUCCUCAAAUUCUGGUCGGGGGACUUGCCAAACAGGCCAGCAAAGUUCCAUGUCCUCUUCCUCAUGUUUGUGGCGCUCAUGUUCUUCGUCAGUCUCAUGUUCCUCUUCGGCUAUCACUGUUGGUUGGUGGCCAAGAACAGAUCCACUUUAGAGGCCUUCUCAGCUCCAGUUUUUGUCAAUGGAACAGACAGAAAUGGCUUCAAUGUCGGCAUACGCAAAAACCUGCAGCAGGUGUUUGGAGAGGAUCGGAGACUGUGGUUCAUCCCUGUCUUCACAAGUCAAGGAAACGGCCACUACUUCCCCUUGAAGAAUCGGAGUUCAGAGUCCCAGAACCCCUUAUUAGCUAAUGAGGACAUGUGGGAGGAGUCAGAUGAUGGCUCUGAGGAAGGAAGCUUGGUUGAAGACCAAGACCCCUCUGUAACAAUAGAGAUGGAGGAAUGAUAAUUUAAUGUAAGGACUAUUUACACUGGUACAGAGGAUGUAGAUUUAUAUUAUGCACACUGUGUACCAUGAGGCAAACGCAUUCCAAAUCAUAUGGAUGAAAAAAAAAAAAAAAAUCAGAAGGGGGCCAAAUGAGUGGAUUUAAACCUGCAUUUGGACUGUUAUUGCCACUUUUACCGUUGGCAUUUUACAUAAAGAAGAACAUAGGAGCUCAUUGGAUGACCAGCGGCAGCAUUGCCUCUCCUCUCACAGAUGGACAAACAACAGUCUCAUUUUGAUUUGGAAAAAAAAACAACAAAACUUGUCAAAUAUUACCUCACAUACAAACAACAGGCAACUGUUAUUCACCACAGGUCAGUAUAUUUGCCUCUGGUUGUUCAUCUCAAGGCACAGGCCUCUGUGGGAUUAUAAAUUACCAUUAAUUGGGAAGCUUCUGUCCAGCACUGUGCUAUUUUAUAUGCCUCUAUUUCAGUGUUGGGCUGAGUUUACAGUGUUGCACCUUAAGUGAUCGGUUGUGCAGGGUGGUAUCUAAUGUGACGUCACACCCAUGAUGCUCCAGAGAAGUAACUCUUGUAGUGAUUCGGUUGUCUGGCCUCUUCCAGUUUGGGUCUUGCAGCAUAUUGACGUAAGAUGCUAUUUUAUUUUUUUCAACGAACAUAAGCAUAAUAGAAUACCUGACUUAACCUGCGCCUUAUUAAUAUAUUUAUACCUGUGUUUUGGGAGUCCUCUUCUCCUGAGAAUGUAUCCAGCAUCCUGCUUGUGAGUAGACUGUGCCAACAUUUUAGGCACCUAUUUAUGAAAGAACCUAUCAUAUAUGUUUUAAGAGAGUAUUUCAUCAUUAAUAUUUGAGUUAGAAUGCCAUUACUAAUGCAAUCACAACAAACUAGCAUACAUUUGUAGCUUGUUACAGCUACAGCUCUUUUCAUUAUUAUCGCAAACUUAAUAUAAUGCUGAUCAUUUUUCAGUGGAGUCAUAUCCUGAAUAUACUGUAUAUCAUGACUAAAAUGCUGUUGACUACAGUGCUGAUUACAACAAUAAAAAAAACACAGUGCUCAGUUUUGAUUUUAAAGUCUGGGAUGAGCUCACAAGACAUACUGUGAUCAACGUUUUUAUUUUUAAAUAAUUACCACAGUCUUAUUUUCUACCAUAUCAGCCAUCCCUAGUGAGAUAACACCUCUGUGUGGAUGCAAACUGAUAAGAAAGUGAAAAUAGCUUUCAUCAUAGGCACAAAAUCAUGCAUAGCAGAGCACAUAGCGUCUGUUUUUUCUUUUUUGAUCUUUCUAAACAUAACUGUACAUAUAUAUAUGAUGACUGAUCCUCAUCCACUGGUUGGGAGAGGUCUGGGUCCUCUGCAAUAUGAUGUUGAGAUUUUUUUCUACCUUAUGUGUUUUAUGUAUUUUGAAAUUUUUAAUACCAUUGAAACAGAUUCUCCUCUCGAGGCUUACGGACUACUUAGUUGAAAACCAUUUCUGUGAUUGAGUACACCCGUUUAUUCAGUAUGAGUACAACGUUGGGCCUUUGGCAAACCUUGAUGCUGUUUGUUCUCGACACUUUAACUUGCUUCAUCGGAUCUGUUUUUCUACUGUGUUGGGUAAGCCAAAUCAAAUGCUGCUCCUGUCUGAGAAGUACAUCGAGUCAUGUAUUGAUUAAAACCCUGUGUUGUUUUUAUCUUAGGUAUGAUUCGAUGUUUGAAAGCAUGUAUAAAACAUUAGGAAAGAUGUGGGUGUUGAGUGUUUCAUGUCGUCUUGUGUCUAUUUAUUGUUAUAAUGUUCAGCUUUUUUUCCUGUGUAUAGAGUUUACUGAUUCAUAACUGCUGCAGGCAGUGUCUGUAUAUUUUGCUCCAUCAAGUGACACUUAAAACUAUUGAAGUGUGCUUUUAUCAAAUAGUAGGAUAUUUAUAAAAUGAGAAGAUGACAAAAUUAUACCCCAAACAGGAGUUCAAUAUUGCUAGAGCACAUCAUGUGGUCUCUUUUUGAAUGGUCUUUGGAGUAUGUGAUUGUGGCGCUUCCCUUUUUUUUUUUAAAUGCCCCUGAACCACCAGAAAUACUGACACUGUUUCAUUAGCUGUCCUGUCUGUUAACAAAUAUAAAUUCUUUAUUGAUCCAUCAGUUGUUGUAACAUGCAAAAUAAAAUGCUCCAAAUUGAACUCUU